AUGCAAAUACGUACACAUGGCGGACUGGAUAGAAUCGCAUCGGCGCAUGGCAUCAAGCCUGACUUCAUCUGCCACCUCUCUGAGCAUACACCUGCGCUGUAUUUGGCAUACUGCCAUGCGCUCGAGGCUGUGCCUGGUCUUGCGAACGUUAUGGCGCCUACACCAAGGGUUGAUAGGCCCUCUUUGUCGACUACGAGCGCGCUACAAAUGAUGGAAGAUGCGGAAAACGGCUGGAGUAGCGAAGAAGAGGCCGAGAAUGAAGAUGACAAGGAGCACUCGGAAGCGGGAGAGAAGCCGCAAGGCAGCAAAGAAGAGAGAGUUGAUGCGGCUGCUCUCGAGCAGGCCAAGGACGUUCGUCGCAAGACUCAGUCCUAG